AUGUUUCUCGCUAUCUUGUACUUCGCUUUGCCCUUAGUGGAUGUACUUCUGUCCGCAGAAGUGAGUGGGCUGCCUGGGGGGGACCGCCUCGACUGUGUGAAAGCCAGCGAUCAGUGUCUCAAGGAGCAGAGCUGUAGUACUAAAUACAGGACACUGAGGCAGUGUGUAGCCGGCAAAGAGAGCAACUUCAGCCGGGCGACAGGCCUGGAGGCAAAGGACGAAUGCAGAAGCGCCAUGGAAGCUCUCAAGCAGAAAUCUCUGUACAACUGCCGCUGUAAGAGGGGCAUGAAGAAGGAGAAAAACUGCCUGCGCAUUUACUGGAGCAUGUACCAGAGCUUACAGGGAAAUGACUUGCUUGAAGAUUCUCCCUAUGAGCCAGUUAACAGCAGACUAUCAGACAUAUUCAGGCUAGCACCAAUUGUAUCAGUGGAGCCAGUACUUUCAAAGGGGAACAAUUGCUUGGAUGCAGCAAAAGCUUGUAACCUAAAUGAUACCUGCAAGAGGUUCAGAUCUGCUUACAUAACCCCCUGCACCAGCAGCACGUCUAAUGAAAUCUGUAACAAGCGGAAGUGUCAUAAGGCCCUCCGGCUAUUUUUUGACAAAGUUCCCCCAAAGCACAGCUACGGGAUGCUCUUCUGCUCCUGUCGAGACGUAGCCUGUACAGAAAGGAGACGGCAGACUAUUGUUCCUGUGUGUUCAUAUGAGGACAGGGAGAAACCAAACUGCCUGAAUUUACAAGAAUCCUGCAAGAAGAAUUACAUCUGCAGAUCUCGCCUUGCAGAUUUCUUCACAAACUGCCAGCCCGAGUCACGGUCUGUUAGUAGCUGUCUGAAGGAGAACUAUGCUGACUGCCUCCUCGCUUACUCGGGGCUCAUUGGCACAGUGAUGACACCAAACUACAUAGACUCAAAUAGUCUCAGCGUUGCCCCGUGGUGUGACUGCAGCAACAGCGGUAACGACAUAGAUGAAUGCCUGAAAUUUCUGAAUUUCUUCCAGGACAAUACUUGCCUUAAAAAUGCAAUUCAGGCCUUCGGCAAUGGUACUGAUGUGAAUGUGUGGCAGCCAAUCUUACCAGUACAGACCACUACAGCCACAACUACAACAGCUUCCAGAGUUAAAAACACAGGUUCAGAGACCACCAACAAUGAAAUACCCACCCACAACGAUUCACCAGCAUGUGCAAACCUGCAGGCACAGAAGAAGCGGAAAUCCAAUGAAUCUGUAGAUACAGAGCUCUGUCUUAAUGAGAAUGCUAUUGGGAAGGACAACACAGCAGGAGUCUCCACCAGUCACAUAUCUGCAGAGAAUUCCCUCGCUCUUCCUCGAAGCUUCUACCUAAGCACACCACUCACUCUGAUGACACUUGCACUCUCACUCUGUUUGUUCCUAAGCUCAUCAGUCAUCUUGUAGCUGCAUUACAAAAAGGACGUGUUUAAAAAAAAAAAUCAAUCUGUUUCCUGUCCUCUGUUGUUUAUCUGGAAUUCCAGGUCUGGGAGCUAAGCUGAGGCACUCCUGCUAUAGAACAGUUUCAGUCAGCUGGAAUUUUUUUUUUUUUUCUCUCUCUCUCUCUAAAAAAGCUUCUUGUGAUAUUUAGAGGCUUUGUGAAAUAUUGGUGCAGUGCUACAUUCCAAACCCAAAAAGCUUUUGGGCAUGCAGUGUUUUAAAGAGACAGAGUGUAAAUUUGCCUGUAAAGCAACCUGGUUGGAUUAUUUUAAUAAUCAUUAUGUUGAUUGUGGCUUUUACCUGAGAAGGAGGAUAGCAGUUUUCUUAAGAUCCUAUUUAUCUCAUUGUAUGGUUUUGAUUUUCAAAUUGGUUGAACUUCAGACUAUCAGGGAUGCCAGGCUUUUGUCUAACGGUGAAUGUUCUAGGGAGUGGACUUCUUGAAACUUCUUCAUUUGAUAAAUUGCUACUGAUGUUAAACUCUUUCAGUGUAUUAGCAUUUUCCUCUUUAAAUGUUUACGUACUGUAAGUGAUUCUGCGUUCCCUGAUGAGAAGCCAUUAUAAUGCGCGUACAGGUGUAAUGUACCUUUUUCAGUCAGAUUCUCAUAGAGUGUGGCACAGAACUUUCUAACAGUACAUUUAUCUUUUA